ACUAGUUCUCCAAGGAGCCGAAAAAGGGGCUAUACAAUCAUAGACGCAAGCUCAGCCAGCAGUGUGUGUGUGUAUACGCAGCUAUUGGCUGGCAGCUCCCGAGGUGGCGUUUGUACGGAAAGAAGGCAGAGAGACGGUCGUCGAGGGAAGAGAUGUCUGCGGCCACAGCGGCUGCACCGCUACCUCAGCCACCGCGAGUGGUCCCCGCCGCCAUGGGCGUCUCCCACCACCACAAUCCAGGACCUCCCUCCCCCUCUAAAGAGGUUCGUGAGCUUCGUAAGAUAAUCAGCGCGACGGAGUUGGAACUACACGAGAUCCAGCAGAUAGGAUUCAUCGGUCAUGGGGAACGACCCUCUCUGGUGAUAGAGGAAGAGCUGGCUCUGUACGUGAGGCUUCAGGAGUUGAAGAGGAGAGAGAGAGACCUAACCAACAACAGACAGAGGGUGACCCACUCCCCUGGGGCACAAGGUCACAGGUCACCUGAAGCCAGCGACAGUCAACUAUUUUCACCCACCCGUCAUUCAGUCCAUCUGCCCGUGACCUCCCCGAAUCCUCCUCCUCAACCGUCCCACCCUCCCCUCGGCCCCUCGCUCUCCAGCAUCCCUCACUCUCCUCCCUACACCUCUCCCUCCUUCCCUCUCUCACAUCCACCCCCCUCCAACCUCCCCCUCACUCCUUCUCUGUGCGGCGAAGAAGAUGUUCUUCGCGUGGGUCUCCCAGACGGAAUGAGAACAGCGGUCAAGGUUCAACACGGCCUGACGCUGCGCCAGGCUCUGAAGAAGCCAAUGACGACACGCAACCUCUCAACGAGUCGCUGCGUCGUGUACGUCAAUCACAAGAAUCACCGCCAGCGGUUCAUCGACUGGGCAACUGACACAAGUGUACUCGGAGGGCAAGAGGUCCGUGUUGAAUAUAAGGACAAUUUUAAGAAGACUGCGAUUGAGAAUCAUCAUAAUUUUGUUAGAAAGACAUUUAUUGCCCUGGCUUUCUGUGACGUGUGCAAGAAAUACCUUUUCCAAGGCUUCAGAUGCGACGCCUGUGGAUACCGUUGUCACCAACGAUGCUGCCCAAAAGUGCCAAUCAGAUGUAGUUACUAUGACGACGACAUUCUCUAUGCCUAUCUCCUGGCAGGGCAGAACACCCCGGCUGUUGUCCAGAGCAUACCCCCAAAGACACCUCAGAUGCCAAUUCAGUUCACAUUCACCUCUCCUCCUGCCGCCGCCCCGCCUUCCCAGACACCUACCCCUCAGCCGCUGUCACAAAUGAUGGAGGUUCGACAAGGCAGUCCGGACUCGUCCUCCCACCACCAUCUCCGUAAGAUGAGCUCUGGGACUCGCGAGCGAUCAAUUUCGACGCCAAACGUCCUCUACAACAGCACCAACGGCAACCGAGACAGAUGCAGCAGCGACGUGCAUGAAUCGAGAUUUUCUCGCAGUACAUCGCCUCACUAUCGAGCCACGGGAUCGACCACACCCACCACCGACACUCACAAUCUCCUCUCACCGGACUCUGGCUAUCUACCUGACUCCUCCUCCUCGUCCCUCGCCUCUCACAUCCGUGGCGACAAUCGCCACACCUCCUCUUCGUCCUCCUCUCCCUCCCUCGACCACAUUCACACUGUCGCCGUCGCCACGGAGACGACCUCUUCUCAUCACAGCAAAGGUCACCGAAGACACAGACGACAGCUGGGGAAAGGAGAAGCAAAGAUAAGUGCCAGUAGUGUUGAGCACAUGCAGGUCCACGGGACUGGGAGUGAAGACCCCAGAUCAGCAGCACCAGCUGGAGCUGGAGGUGACACCAAACACCAGAGAUUAGAGAGGAAAGGGUCAGGAAACAUUCUGGACAGACAGCAUGUCGUCCACGAUCGCAAGAGAGGGCCUUUGGAGCGACGUAAUUCGUCUGGCGAUCGUCUCUCCGUCACUCCAGAUAGUCCGAGUCCAGCCAGUAGUCCCGGGAUCAUCGUCAACCAUAGACAACAGGCUCUGCAGGCGUCACACAGAAGCACGUCCAGUGGAGAGCUGAUAGUAGCUCCGAAGGAGAGAGAGAGAGGCAACGGGAAAGAGGGCGGGGCAUCGUCCAGUGGUCGCCAUGGCUCAUCCACAUCCUACCAUUCCAGUACGCUGCCUCUCAGUAAACAUCGGAGGAACAAGAGCGGGUCUGAGGAGAAAUCAAGAAAGAAGACACACAGAGAUAGUACAGAUGAAUGGGAGAUUCCUUAUCAAGACAUUCAGAUUGACGAAAAGAUUGGCUCCGGAUCUUUCGGGACUGUCUACAAGGGAAAAUGGCACGGGCCAGUCGCCAUAAAGAAGCUGAAGGUCACCAACCCGACUGAGGCACAGCUGCAAGCCUUCAAGAACGAAGUGUCGGUGUUGCGCAAGACCCGGCACGCCAACAUCAUCCUGUUCAUGGGUUGGACGUCGCUCCCGCAGAUCACCAUAGUAACCCAGUGGUGUGAGGGCUCCACGUUGUACAGAGUGGUGCAUGUUCAGGAGAUGAAGUUGGAGAUGCAUCAGAUGAUUGACGUGGCAAAACAGACGGCACAGGGGGUCGACUAUCUUCAUGCCAAGAACAUAAUUCACCGUGACCUGAAAUCUAACAGUAUCCUAAUUCUUCCAUACUUCAUCUUCAAGAAAAAUAAUAGCACCAUCAUUGCGGGCAUUGUUUUAUUGUUCAGCAUUUGAUUGUGGUGUUGUAACUUUAACUCUGUUGCCACUAAGACAUCUUUCUUCACGACGAUUUGACGGUAAAGAUUGGAGACUUUGGGCUAGCUACGGUCAAGACGGUGUGGAGAGGAGAGGAGAAAGUUAGACAACCCACCGGCAGCAUCUUAUGGAUGGCUCCGGAGGUGAUUCAGAUGAAGGACCCGAUCCAUACACACCAUACUGUGACGUCUACUCAUUCGGAGUCGUCAUUUACGAGUUGAUCACCGCACAACUGCCUUACAGACAUGUGGAGGGAAGAGAUACGAUUCUAUUCAUGGUGGGGUGUGGAUUUCUCCGGCCAGACCCCACAGCUGCUCGUAAGGACACUCCCAAGACCUUCAAACAGCUGUGCAUUCGCUGCUGCCAGUUCAAGAAAGAGGAACGCCCACUUUUCCCGCAGAUUCUUGUUGAUCUUGAUCAGCUAGCCGACAACAUGCCCAAGAUCAAACGAUGCAACUCCGAACCCUCAUUACUCCACUACUCACAAAACCAACCUCCCCCGGAGACCUUUGCACCCCAGUCCCCCGAGGAGGAAGACUCGCCUUACUCUGUUACCAUGGGAACACUUGUUUAGCACGUUGCCAUGGGAACAGUCUUUGCACUCUCUUUUUCGUAUUCGGUGGUUAUGUUUCAGUGUGGUUUGGACUUGUCAUGCACGAUGACAUGUUGCCAUGGAAACGUUUCUUGUAAUUCAUCUAUAAGCACAGAAAGACCAUUCACAUCAGUUACAAUUUUUUUAGAAUUAUCAUUGUCGACGUUCUUAUCUUGCCUGAAAAUCUUGUAAAUAUUGUAAAUUACUUGUGUAUUUUGUAUGUUUUUCUUUGUGGUCGUAACCCGGUUGAAUAGUGCUGUAUAAUACUUUUUAACAUCCAUUUUGACUGUGCUAUCUAAAAUUCUCCUUCUGUCAUUAAUUUAUUGUAAACUGAAAAUCCUUGUAGUGUAUUGUUUUUGUGCCCUUUAUCAAUGUUGCUGUUGCACGCAUGCGUACGCGU